AUGUCAAGAUCAAGGAUCAACACAAAGAUCAAGAUCCAUUGGCGCCAAAAGUCGUUUGUGUAUUCCGUGUCUGGUGGAGGGAACAGAGGCGGCGUCCCCGUGGUGCUGUGGUCAGUGGUCAGGUCACGGCGAGUGUGCGGCAGAUUGCGCCUGUGUUUGAGCUGGCCUGGGUCACCUGUGGCCACCUGGUCACCUGUCUACUCUGUGUCUGGUGGAGGGAACAGAGGCGGCGUCCCCGUGGUGCUGUGGUCAGUGGUCAGGGCCCGCCGAGUGUGCGGCAGAUUGCGCCUGUGUUUGAGCUGGCCUGGGUCACCUGUGGCCACCUGGUCACCUGUCUACUCUGUGUCUGGUGGAGGGAACAGAGGCGGCGUCCCCGUGGUGCUGUGGUCAGUGGUCAGGGCCCGCCGAGUGUGCGGCAGAUUGCGCCUGUGUUUGAGCUGGCCUGGGUCACCUGUGGCCACCUGGUCACCUGUCUACUCUGUGUCUGGUGGAGGGAACAGAGGCGGCGUCCUCGUGGUGCUGUGGUCAGUGGUCAGGGCCCGCCGAGUGUGCGGCAGAUUGCGCCUGUGUUUGAGCUGGCCUGGGUCACCUGUGGCCACCUGGCGGACUGGCGGCGCCUCCCUGGCCUCACCUGAGGGCGUGCAGGUAAUGGUGGGCGGGGAACAAGUCAAUGUCGGGAGGACAGCAGUGGCGAGACAGCAAGAACCCACCAGCAAGUCCAUUCUGCCCCAGACCCCUCGGGUCAGUGGCCGGCAAGUCCUCCCGUCCAUUCUGCCCCAGAGCCCCUUGGGUGCCAGGUCGGCGUCCAGCGACGGGACUCCCUCCGUGCAUCCUCGGCUCAGGCCCAGGGUUCCUGCAGGACCGGCCGCGGCCAGGAGCAGUGUUGCAAUGGAGGAUGUGACGUCAUGCAGCAGCAGCAGGAACAGCUGGGAGCAGCAGGCGACCCCAGGCGUGAGGACCUACACUUGUGACCACUGCGGCAAAGUGUGCUCCACCAAGGCUGCCAUUGCCAGACACGUCCUCUCCCAUGCCGGCAAGACAAGGCUGAGAGGCAGGAGUGGCCCCACUGAACACACUGCCACCCACACUGGCGGCAGGAACCACAAGUGUGACCACUGCGGGAAGACAUUUGCCCGGAAGAGUCAUCUCUCCUCACACAUCCUCACCCACACUGGGGAGAGAAAGUUCCAGUGCCUGGAGUGUGGGAAAAGAUUUACCCUGAAAGGUGAUCUUCACAGACACAUCCUCACCCACACUGGGGAGAGAAAGUUCCAGUGCCUGGAGUGUGGGAAAAGAUUUACCCGGAAAGGCCAUCUUGACAGACACAUCCUCACCCACACUGGGGAGAGAAAGUUCCAGUGCCUGGAGUGUGGGAAAAGAUUUAUCCGGAAAGGCCAUCUUGACACACACAUCCUCACCCACACUGGGGAGAGAAAGUUCCAGUGCCUGGAGUGUGGGAAAAGAUUUACCCUGAAAAGUAGUCUUGACUCACACAUCCUCACCCACACUGGGGAGAGAAAGUUCCAGUGCCUGGAGUGUAGGAAAAGAUUCACCCUGAAAGGUGAUCUUAACAGACACAUCCUCACCCACACUGGGGAGAGAAAGUUCCAGUGCCUGGAGUGUGGGAAAAGAUUUAUCCAGAAAGGCCAUCUUGACACACACAUCCUCACCCACACUGGGGAGAGAAAGUUCCAGUGCCUGGAGUGUGGGGAAAGAUUUAUCCGGAAAGGCCAUCUUGACACACACAUCCUCAGCCACACUGGGGAGAGAAAGUUCCAGUGCCUGGAAUGUGGGAAAAGAUUUAUCCGUAAGGAUUCCCUUGACACACACAUCCUCACCCACACUGGGGAGAGAAAGUUCCAGUGCCUGGAGUGUGGGGAAAGAUUUAUCCAGAAAGGCCAUCUUGACACACACAUCCUCACCCACACUGGGGAGAGAAAGUUCCAGUGCCUGGAAUGUGGGAAAAGAUUUAUCCGUAAGGAUUCCCUUGACACACACAUCCUCACCCACACUGGGGAGAGAAAGUUCCAGUGCCUGGAGUGUGGGAAAAGAUUUACCCUGAAAAGUAGUCUUGACACACACUUCCUCACCCACACUGGGGAGAGAAAGUUCCAGUGCCUGGAGUGUGGGAAAAGAUUUACCAGGAAGGAUUCCCUUGACAGACACAUCCUCACCCACACUGGGGAGAGAAAGUUCUAGUGCCUGGAGUGUGGGAAAAGAUUUACGUUGAAAGGUCAUCUUGACAGACAUCCUCACCCACACUGGGGAGAGAAAGUUCCAGUGCCUGGAGUGUGGGAAAAGAUUUACCCUGAAAGGUCAUCUUGACACACACAUCCUCACCCACACUGGGGAGAGAAAGUUCCAGUGCCUGGAGUGUGGGAAAAGAUUUACCCGGAAAUACCAUCUUGACACACACAUCCUCAGCCACACUGGGGAGAGAAAGUUCCAGUGCCUGGAGUGUGGGAAAAGAUUUACCCUGAAGCGUUCUCUUGACAGACACAUCCUCACCCACACUGGGGAGAGAAAGUUCCCAGGCCUGCAGUGUGGGAAAAGAUUUGCCCUGGCAAUACCAGUGGUGACUUGUGGGUGUGGUGUGGUGACUGGCCACAACAUUACUGCCACAAACCAGCUGGCAAUACCAGUGGUGACUUGUGGGUGUGGUGUGGUGACUGGCCACAACAUUACUGCCACAAACCAGCUGGCAAUACCAGUGGUGACUUGUGGGUGUGGUGUGGUGACUGGCCACAACAUUACUGCCACAAACCAGCUGGCAAUACCAGUGGUGACUUGUGGGUCUGGUGUGGUGACUGGCCAAAAGGUUUAUCUUGCAAUGUAAUGUUGACAAACAUCCUCACCCACACUGUGGUAAGGAAGUACAGGUGUGGUGUUUGUGGCAGUGUUUGUGUAGCAAGAGUGGUGUUGCCAGACACAUCCAAACACACCUGUGGGGGGUGAGGUGUUGUGGAUGUGGUGGUGGUGUGUGAGGGACUUGGAGUGACUAGUGUUUGUGUGUUGUUACUUUGUACUCAAGUGUUGGAAUAAACUUUUGUUGCUAGAAUGCUGAGUUAUGUUGUUAACAGUACUUAAUGUGUGUGUGUGUGUGUACAAAAUGGCCAGUAUUAAUCCUCACAUGACAAACACAGCAGUGGAUGACUGGAAUAGACUCAGUAGUCAGGUUGUUAGUGCAGAGUGAGUCAUUACAGAGCUUUGAAGUGUUAGACAAGUGUUUGGACAGGGCUGACAGGUGGAAACAGACAGGUGUGUUUUGUACAGGGACUGCCACGUGUAGGCCUGAUGGCUUCCUGCACCAACCCUUGUGUUCUUGUGUACUACUACUACUACCACCACUACUACUAUUAAUAAUAAUAAAACACUUCAUUUCUUCA